AUGCCACACAAGCUACCUUUUCGUGUCGUCUAUGUUUCAAGCCAAGACGAACACUUCCCUGCCACAGAACUAAAUCAUCACCAUCCAGGAACUAAAGGAUGGAUUUCUACUCGCUUUUGUUCUUACCCUCAACAGCUUAUUUUAUCUUUGGAAGCCAAAGCUAGUUUUCGCAAAAUACAGUUACUUUGCCAUCAAUAUUUAAUUGCGUCAAAGAUUGAGUUUUUCGUUGGAGAUACGCCGGACGAUGAAAUGGAACAUUUUAAAAACGCCAGGUAUACUAGACUUGGAUAUGUAGCGCUAUCAGACAAUCAGGCCACAGAGUACAAGGCAAGGGAAUUAAAGUCAGUUCAUAUUGACGCCUCCGGCUCAUAUAUUCAACUGUUUCUCUAUAAAAACCAUCCGAAUAACUUAAACUUAUACAGUCAGGUUGGGAUUGUCGCUAUAAAUCUGAUCGGCGAUUUUAUCGAUAAGAAUGGGCAGUCGGAUUCUGAUGAUUCCCCAGUAGGUCUUUUCAGGCCAGAUUACAUACCUCCCACUGAAGACUUAGCGUUUGAUAUGUAUCAAGAUCCCGAAGUUGCUAACAUAAUUAGAAGGUUAGAAAAACAAAAACGUCUAGCUGUUAAGGCUGAACGCUUUGACCAAGCUCAAGGUAUACGAGAUGCUAUAACUCAACUGCAUCAGGUCGGUGAACGUCUCGGUAGAUUAGCACUUGAAAAACAACAAGCUGUUGAGGAAGAAAACUAUGAACAAGCUAAGUUAAAAAAGAAUCAAAUAACUGAAAUGCAACAACGUGAACAACUUUAUGGUCGAUCAGAUAACCAGUUUCCUGAUACGAAUAAUGACCGAAACAAAAUAAAUCCAAUACAACCAAUACAUUUUCAAAGUUUAUUAGUAAGUGAUGAUCUAAACGAAAAUAGGCGCAGUAAUGGAUCAUAUAGUGUUAACAACAACAGUGGCAAUAAUAAUAAUCAAAAUGUUGAUUACUUUCCAUUUCGUCGUGCUUAUCCUUCAAAUGAUCCUGAUGAACGUCCUUUACCAGCUCUUAAAAAUAAGCAUAGAAGUAAUAGUCCAAUAGUCGAUCCAGCUGACGAAGAGCAUUAUACAUCGGAAUUACCAGUCCAAGUGCUUCAUGAACAACCUUUUGAGAAUUACAACCAUUCUGAAUAUAUACCACCACUUGAUGCAGUUGAAGCUAUUCAAAGAGACAUUGAUACUUAUGAAGAUGAACAAACGAUGAAAUACUUAGAACAAGCAGCUCAUGAUCGCAUGGUCGAUGGCAGAGAAAAUUUUCAGCAUAGUAUACUUGAUCUUCCUGAGCCAAUGAGCGAAACCAAUCGACGUCAGGCUGGUGUAGCUAUUGAUGUUGUAGGCAUUAAUCUUGUUACAAAAGCAUAUAGCAAAUCAUGGGUUUUCCGUGAAAAAGCUCUACUUGAAUUAGAACAGCGUGUAACUGCACCGAAACUUCCUCCUCCUGUAUCACUUCCUGAUACAGCACAUCCUGAUCCAAAAGCUGAAAUUCGAUCGACUACAUUUCUUUUACGUCGUGCAUUAAAUGAUCAAGUUUUGUCAAUAUUUCGUUUAGCCACAAAAUUCGUCAAACCAACAAUUGUCAAUUUUGCUGAUAGAUAUGGUAUUCCACGACCUGAUUUAUAUUAUUGCAUGGAUAAAUUAACUCCAGUAAUUUUUCAACGAACUGGUGAUACUUCAUCACGUGUUAGGGAGAUAGCUAAACAACAAAUUUUAGAUAUGGCACAAUGGCCACAGAUGAAGCAAAAUACAACAUUUUGGAAUGAAUUAGUUCGACCCUUUUCUCCUGUAACAUUAGAUCGUUUAGCUUUAAGUCGAAUUGAACUAGCGACAGAAUUAUACGCCAGUCGUGGUGUAGAUCCUGUUUUUUGUAAUGAACAUGGACAUGUCAAUCAGGGAAGUUUUACUUUAGAGGCACUAACUAUAUUCACUGCAAAAUGCUUAGACCAUCGAUCAAACGAAGUUCGUGAAGCUGCUGAAAAUCUUAUAGUUGCUCUUUAUCGUUCUGAAGAUCGAGCUACUGUUCGUAGACUUAUACCUUUAGAUGAUGUGAAUUCCAAUCGACAUCCUUUAUAUAGAAGACUACUUGGAAAAUUUGAUCGGAUUGACGGAAGAUAUGAUCCACCAUUGAAUGAUCGACCACCUGCGAUUAAAGCUUCAGUCAAACAAAAAGAAGUUGAAGCACUUCAGGCAGACGUUCAACAACUCCGUGCUAUAGUCGAACAUGGGAAUCGUGGUCAUUUGACUUCCCACAAGCCUAAUUCACGUGUAUCACGUACUGUACCUUCGCAAAAUUAUGAUAGAAAAUCUGCUUCAAGAUUAAAGAAUAAUGAUCGUAAAUCUGCAAAUAACUCACAACAUGGGCCUCCAUCUGUAUCACCGAAUCGUCAGAAUCAUACAUCUAAUCAACAUGGUUCACGAAUUACAAAAAGUGACAAUCCAAACAGAAAUUCUUCAACCGCUAACAUUCAAUUGGAAAUAAAUUCACAACAACAUACUGAAGAAGCAGAAUUUUUACUUAGUUUAGACAAGACAUGUAUAUUUUGUGGAGAACAAAAUGAUUCGUUUACAGAGGAAGGAUUAGAUAUACAUUAUUGGAAAAGUUGUCCGAUGCUUCAUCGUUGUCCUAAUUGUAAACAGGUAGUUGAAAUAGCUGGUUUAACGGAUCAUUUACUUAAAGAAUGUGAAGCUUGUACACCAGGACAGUAUGUUCGCUGUUCUAAAUGUUCAGAAGCUGUAUUAAAAACACAUUUAAGCAAUCAUCACUGUUUACCUAUCAAAUUAUCAUCUGGACUACGUUGUCCACUUUGCCAUCAUGAUUUACCAAAUUUACCAGAUUCAGUUGCUCCUGGUGGUCCAGAAGAUGUUUGGAAAGCUCAUUUAUUAGGUUCAUCCAAUAGUACUAUUCAAAUGCCUCAAUGUACAGAGAAUCCAAGAAGUUUACAAAGUCAACAACAGAAAUAUAAUGGCCAUUCCACAAAAAAUACCAGUACUUCAGAAGCUAAUAAAGCGAAAAGUGGAAUACCUCGACCGUUAAAUGUAAACAAAGUUCGUCCGGUUUAA